AUUUAUUUAUGAAAAAGGCCCAGGCCCAAUACAAUACAUAAACCACCCUCUCCCUGUAUAAAGAUGCACCACGCAAAGCAGAUGCACCAUCAAACAAGCAGUGAAAUCAAACCAUCAAAGAAAUCAGUGAAAGCUACAAAAGCAGUAAAGAAGGAAAGAAAGCAGUAGAGAAGCAGGAGAGUUGGACUUACCGGCAGAAGGAGCCGCCGGAAAGAAGAAGAGAGGUGGUCGGCGUUCAUAUAUUGCGGCUUCAAUUAGGGCUCCAAACUAUCUCUCUUCAGUUGGGGCUUUUACAAUUGAUACCAAGAAAUUAGGGUCUGGCAAUCAUGGCGGAGGUGGGCGGUGAUGGUAGCAGUGAGUUGUACCAUUCAAUUCCACGCGGUGGGCCCCUCUAUCUCUCUGAUCUCGUCGGCUCUCUCACUAACCCUCCAUCCUUCAGAAAUCACCUUCUCUCUCAACUCCAGGAUCUUCGGGAAGAGUUAGGUCAAGAUUUCAAUGAUACUGGUGAAGAAGAUGAUUUAUCGGUGGAUGAGCUUAAGAUAGUUACAGAAGAAGAGUUAGUAGAUAAGGCAUUUGACAUCGCAUUCAAAGAUGAAGUAACUGAAACAGUUUCAGAAGUGUCAGAGAAGAGUUUGGGCGAAAGAACCGAUAUUGGCAAAAUAUCAGGGUCACGAGACAAUGCUAUUGCAGAAAGCUCGAAAAGUGGAACUGAUGGUGCAUGUUUAGAUGAAACUGGCUUAAGUGACUCUAAUGAGAGAUUGUGCGACAACUCAAACAAGAGACAGGGAAGGAAAAAGAGACAAAACAAUGAUAAGAAGAAAAAGAGAAAGAGGGAUGACGAUCAGACCAUAGAUAAGAAGAGGAAAAAGAGACAAAAAAAAUUAACUGUUGAGGAAAGCUAUAUCGCAAAGGUGAAAGAACUUGUAAGAAUCAAGGAGAAACAACUUGAAGACAAAGCAGCUGUAAAGCUGCAUUCUUUCAAUGGUAGGAUUAACGACAAUGCAACGACUUCUUCAGAGAAACCUGACAGAAAGACAUCUCUUAAAAGUAACAAUUCCACAGCAAAGGCAAGGAUAUCAAGUAUUCAAGAAGGGCAAGUACUCCAGCCAGGAAAAGAAGUUAUUCUCUGUGUGGAGGUUUACCAUAACAAAAGGACUUGGCAAAAGACUCAAGAGUUUUUAGUUCUGGGGCGGCAGCUUUUGACCGAGUUGAGGGAUAAGAUAUAUUGCUUGACAGAUCAGCUCAUGGAAAGAGCAGGGCAGCAUGACACUUCUGGAUAUUUCCUUAUUGAAAAUGUCUUUUGCAACGAUCUGAGAGAUACCUCUGCAAUAGACUAUAGCAAACCUAUUCUGGACUGGCUUAAAGACUCAAAGAAGGAAGCACUUGAAAAAUGGGAAUAUAUUUUAUCUGGAAGAUUACAGCCAAGGCAGAAGGCCCUUGUAAAUAAUAAAAAGAAAGAAAUUUUGCCUGGGUUUAAAGCUGUCCGGAUGCAAGAGACGCAAUUUUGUGAAUUAAACUUCCGACUCGGGGCUGGAUAUCUAUAUUGUCAUCAGGGUGACUGCAAGCACACUAUUGUUAUCAGAGAUAUGAGGCUGAUCCAUCCCGAAGACAUACAAGAUCGAUUUGCUUAUCCAGUUGUAACAUUUCAAAUUAAACCACGGAUCCGAAAGUGUUCUGUAUGCCAGAUAUUUAGAGCCAAAUUGGUGACAGUGGACGACAAAUGGGCUGAAGAGAAUUCUUGCUAUUUCUGUGAUACUUGCUAUUACAUGCUUCACUAUGCCAACGAGUCCUUGCUGUAUCCAGACUUCUCUGUAUAUGAUUAUCAUCAUGAUCAAAUUUGAACUGAAAAACAUUUUGCAUGCAACUGUUACUUAUUGUUCUACUUAUCAAUCCAUGUAGUCGAGGGGAGUAAUGUACAUAAGAAAAAGAAGUUUUAUCUUUUUAGGGAUUCGAUGGUGUGAGUUCUCAUAAAAAAACAUGAUAGUCUGUUGCUGAAAAAUUUAAAUUAUGUAUCCAAAAAUUGGUUCUUGUUUAUAGCAACUUCAAUUGUAAUCA